AUGAAAAUAACCCCUAGAAAUAACUGCUUCUGCUCUGACACUAGUAUGGCUACUUUUAGAUCUGAAUGGUCGAAUUUCAACUUAAUCGCUACUUUACUAGUCAUCUCUACACUUUUUAUUCUUAUAGGUUUAUUGCAAUCUGUUGAGCUCAUCGAAAAAAAAAUACUACUUACUAUGAGUCGCAACUGGGAACUCUUGUUCUUCUUGUCCCUCUCUGCCGUCCUCCAUUUCUUCUUCCUCUUCUCCUCCCACGUGUUCCACCCGUUCUCCCUCUUCCUCCUCUUCUGUGGGUAG